GUUACGUUGGCGGCGCUCGCGUCACUAUAUUGUGAAAAAUGACACCCUUUUUUCAGGUUAUGUAAUUCCGAAAAAUAACGAUCGAAGCUUAAAUUAAAAUGACAUUGUCUAGGUCAUCUCUAUUAUCACUCCUAUCAGUGUAUUUACUCUAAAAAAAACCGAAAACUGCACGUCAUGUUCACACAAACGGCGAAACUCGUCCACCAACACCUCCGCAGAAUGCACCUUUUACACGACAAAGCCUACGUAAACGGGCAAUGGGUCACCGCCGCCUCCAACAAGACCUUCCCCGUGGUCAACCCAGCCACCGGUGCCACAAUUGGAACCGCCCCCGACAUGUCAACCCAGGACACCCAACAAGCUAUCGAAGCCGCCCACCAGGCCUUCCAGACCUGGCAGGACACCACAGCUAAAGAGCGCUCCCACCUUCUGCGAAAAUGGUUCGACUUGCUGGUACAAAACCACGAAAACCUGGCCCAGAUUAUCACAGCUGAAGCCGGAAAACCCCUAAUUGAGUCCCGCGGGGAAGUCGCCUACGGGAACUCCUUCAUCGAGUUUUUUUCGGAGGAGGCGCGCCGAAUUCAAGGUGAAAUCAUCCAAAGCCCAAUUCCUGGAAGAAAGAUUUUGGUGGAGAAGCAACCCAUUGGGGUCGCUGGGUUGAUCACACCGUGGAACUUCCCCCAUGCGAUGAUUACGCGAAAAGCGGGGGCGGCGCUCGCCGCUGGGUGCACCUGUGUGAUCAAACCAGCUGAAGAUACCCCGUUUACGGCUUUAGCGUUGAUGGAGUUGGCACACGAAGCCGGGAUUCCAAAGGGGGUGCUUAACGUGGUGACCAGCAGCCGGGAGAACGCCCCCUCGAUAGGUAAUUUGUUGUGCACGAGCCCCUUAGUCGCGGGAUUGUCUUUUACAGGGUCCACUCAAGUGGGGAAGUUGUUGUAUGAGCAGUGUUCGACUGGGGUCAAACGAAUCGGGUUAGAACUGGGGGGCAACGCAGCUUUUAUAGUCUACAAGAGCGCCAAUGUUGAUAGUGCUAUUAAGGGGGCCAUCGCUUCGAAAUUCCGCAAUUGUGGUCAAGCCUGUGUGGCCUCCAAUCGCUUCCUCAUUGAAAACCCCAUCUAUGAUUCUUUCAUUGAAAAGCUUCUCCAAGAAGUACGAAAUUUGAAACCUGGGGGCAACGUGGGGCCGCUGAUUAAUGAAGCCCAGUUUGAUAAAGUUUCGAGUUUGGUAGAGGACGCUGUAUCCAAGGGGGCGAAGGUGCUAGCAGGCGCUAAACCCUCUGAUCAUGGUAAACUUUUCUAUGAACCCACAGUUUUGACAGAUUUAACCCCCGAGAUGAAACUCUACAAGGAGGAGGUUUUCGGACCCGUUAUCAGCAUCUUCAGGUUUGAUACAGAGGAGGAGAGUCUUAAGAUCGCUAACGACACGGAGAGGGGGCUAGCGGGGUAUUUUUAUUCACAGGAUGUUUCCCAGAUUUUUAGGGUUUCUAAGAAGUUGGAGGUGGGGAUGUGUGGGGUCAAUGAGGGGGUAAUUUCGACGGCCGAGGCACCCUUCGGGGGGGUGAAAGAAUCGGGGGUGGGGCGCGAGGGGUCGCACCACGGAGUGGAUGAUUUUACCUACAUUAAGUAUGUUAGUUUAGGGAAUUUGUAAGAUUUAUGGUGUUUGCACUGUUUAUAUUUAAUUAAGUAGAUAAGAGUGAUUUAAUUUAGUCUUAAGAGAAAAGUGGAUUUAGUGGGUUGAGUCAUGAAAAGUAGCGUCAUAAGAGUGUUGUUGCCGAAGGAGGGGGUGGUUAAGACAAGGGGGCGCAAGCUGAAUAGGUAUUUUUUUUUUGUUAAUGUUGGUGUUACUCCUUUUUUUUAAUGUACUUUUUAUAUAUACAAGAAGUGUGCUAAUUUAUUAUUGUACAGGGUGAUUGUGAUACAUUCCAUUGUAUACAUUAAUAUGUACAUUUUAAAAUUUUAAUUUUAACACCCUGUAUGUAGUAUAUAUUACCUAUGUAAAAAAAAAGAAUAAGUCUUCCAACUAAAAGUCUAAAAGUCUUCCAUAGGUACUGAGUGAGCAAGUUCCUGUAAUACAGUGUGUAGAUAAAUAAAUAAAUAUUGCUGCUGAUCUCAA